ACCAAGGGCCACACGAUGUUAUCCAUAUGCGUUUGAUCCAUGUAUUAAUAAUGCAUGCGAAAAUUAUAUUUUGGAUGUUAUUUAUUGUUUAUUAUUCAUUUUCAUUGGAAGUUAAACUUACUAAGAAAAUUGCGUCGCCAACACGUUUGAAACUUACGUGCUUUUGGUCUUAUACCCAAGCGAAUUUAGUAGCAUUCUAUCGCUCUUCCAACGAUAACAAGUUCCAAAACGCCUUGCAAAUAGUGAAGCCUGACCGCGGUUGUGAAGUAAGGACUGCGUUGGAAGCGAAUUGCACUUGUGGGAACGGGACAUAUGUAGAUUGUUACAUCAACGUUAAUCAGGGUUUAGUAGCAGUGGAUCAGUGGAUGUGUUCAGUGCCGGAAAACGGAAGUCUUUAUAGUAGCAAUACAGUGAUUGUCAGAAAAGAUGACUAUGGCGAUGUGCAUACAGACGAACAUUCCAAACAACAUGAUCCAGCGACAGUCGUUAAAUUUGCAGUAGAAACAUUUGAAGGGCUGUCAAAUGUCAGUCUUAAAGAAAACAGUACAGUGAUAUUUCACUGUGUUGGGAACGGCUCACCUACGCUGUUUAUACGAAUCGUUAAAGAUGAACAAAUACUUGAAGAGUGCCGUGACGAUAACGACAUCAGUUCUUCUGGUGAAAUACAUCACGUCAUAUCACCAGUAUCGUCACAACACUCAGGCGAAUAUAAGUGUGUUGCGUAUAACAACCAUGGUGAAAGCGAACGAUUCAUAUACUUGGACAUAUUGUAUCCUGUGAGGAUGUUCCAGAACCAGUUCACUAAAAAUAAAACCAUUAUUCCAUUGCUCGAAGAUUUUGCGUUGACGUUCCACACAAUUGGCAACCCACUUCCUGAUUCUUCCAACUUUACAUGGCUUAAGAACCAGAAUCCCGACACACGUGAAGACAAUAGUACUGUAUUACGAUGGGUGAUCGAAACAAAUGGCGCGGAUUAUAAUGUUUCAAUUAGCAAUAUACAAAAAGGGGAUUAUGGGAUGUACGUGUUUCAAGUCAGCAAUGGUGUCGGUGAACCUUUUAGGAUGGUGUACGUUUUAGAAGAGUUCAUUCCACCAAAUGUGUUGCCUUUGGAUCCUGUGUACAUCUCUGAGGGAGAAAGUGUCAAUACGUCAUGCAAAUACGAACACGGUAACCCGCAGGACACGAACAUACGUCUGAUCAAAGACAAUAUUACCAUCAGCAACGGAACACUAUUUAUUGAAAAGGCAAGCAAACGUGAUCGCGGCAUUUACACGUGUGAAGCUACAAAUACGAUCAGCGAAAGCAAAAUGAACUUCACCGGGAUAGACCGAGAAUUAUUUAACGUUUAUAUUUUAUAUCCGGCGACAGUGCAUAACUUUUGCGUGAAGCAAUUUGAAGGUGUACAAAAUGUAACACUGUCUGAAAACGACGCUGCUACAUUACAUUGUAUCGGAGAAGGUUAUCCAGUGCCCUUGAUGAGAAUCAUGAGAGGAAAUACUCAACUUGUGGAACUCCACGGCAAUGACUCGAAGAACAACACAAUAGAGUUCGUCCAUAACAUGUCCGUCGUUACGUGCGACGACUUUGGCAAUUAUUCAUGUGUGGCCUUAAAUAAAUUCGCUCUUAGCGGGAAAGAGCUACAUUUGAAUGUCAUUUGCCCGGUGCGAAAAAUAAAGAGUGAACCCAAUGACAACCAACGAAACGAAGCGAAUGUACCACUGAACGGAGAAGUGACAUUUCGUUUCCACGCAUCGUCUAAUCCGCUACCGAAACGCUCCGACUUUUCUUGGAGGAAGUGUAUGGAUACAAAAGAAUGUAUUGACAUUGUACCAAACGACAGAGUGAAACUAGAAACGUACGGUGCGAGCUGUAAUCUAACAAUAAAUAACAUUACUGAAGCUGAUUAUGGAAUGUAUAUUUUGCAAGUAAGCAACGGUCUUGAUAAAAUGCAUACAGAGGUGUACCUUCUCAAACGACCGUAUUCAGCUUCGACAAAUGUAACCCUGAUCAUCAUAGUGUCCGCCACUGGUGUCGGUGUUCUCCUGACGAUCGCGUUCGCAGCUUGUUUAAACAAGAUGUGUUGUCGCCGGAGUGCUCGGUCUGCACUCGUGGGUUUUCCAAUGGUAGAUCUCAUUAACACAACUGAUAUUGCAAGAGCAGCUGUCAGAAAUGAACAGACGUUUCCUAAGUAUAGACCAGGAGACAGCAUGGUUUACUAUGAAAUCCGACCACCAGAAGACCCUAUAGUCCUUGCAGACGUGUCAUUUGGAGACGAUGUUCCGGAAUAUCCAACAGCAACGGCGGACCAUGGACGCUAUGAGAGUCUUAUCAGAACAGGACAGGAUGACGUUCUUCAGUACACCAGUUUGACGUCGGGUCCAAAUAACUAGGUGUCAAGAUAUUUGAACAAUUUGUUUGAAACGGUCAAAAAUUCACGUGAUUGUUCCUUACGUAUGUUUGGAUCCGUUAACGAUUACCAAUUCAUAUAAAUAGUUUAUUACUUCAACAAGUAGCUUAUAGCGCAAAUACAAAAAUGAGCAACAUACUGGUGCUACUUCUGUUAAGAACUCAUAUGGAAUGUGCAAUUACUAAUUUAGCAUGUGUAUACUUUGAUUGAUAUAUAAUUUUCAACAACGCAUAAUCAUACAAAUUUAAUUAAUUUAAUUAUAUACGUUACUACCAAUACUAUUAAAACAUGCUGUAUGACAUUUUGCUGUGUAUUGAUGAUAUGCUUUGUAAUGCAUGUAUCUAAUCCCUUGUGGUAUUGUAGUUACAUAGUGACAGUUGUGUUUUAGCUUUAUCUACAGAGCAUUUAUAGCAAGAAUCACUGAAAGUGUACACCAUUAACAAGGGCUGUCACGAUGCGCCGUUAGCGUAUCGUGAUAUAUCAUGAUGCGGCAAUACUGUAUCGCGAUACGUAUCGCGGUAUUUUACAGAAUGUAUAUCUGUGAAGAAAACAGCAGAAUAACAGGUUUUACAACUUUAUUAGACUCAAUAAUCUGAAAACCAUGGUAUAAUGGUACGACUAGAAACUGUAAUAAAUGAGAACAAUCAUUUUCUGACUAUAACCUGUCAAAAGGUGAUCAACACAAUCUAAUAAACUUGAUAGAACUUCAAACGAUUAUUUAAUCAAAGUAUGUUCUGUAUUUAUCCGCUGUGCUCAUAAAAGAAUCAUUUUAAGCGAUUUUUUUAAUGACAUACAUCGCGAUAUACCGAUUUACCGGUGAGUCGUGACAGCCCUACCAUUAACGAUUGUAUACGGUUCGAGUUUGUUUCUCCUGAUGUAUUGCAGAAAACUAAAAACUAAAUUAAACCUUUGACUUAUA